UUGAUUGGUCAGGCACUAGCAAACGCGGAAGUCAAGGGCGCUGGGGAUUCCCCGAGGGAAGUUCCCAACGCAUUGUAAAACAUGUAGAAUGUUCAUUUGAUGAAAUAUAUCAUUUCCUCUCUUACUUCGUGAAAAAGAACUCGAGCUGGCGGCUGUCUCAAAACAUCUCACAAAUGUAGGUCUUUCGGAACUUUUCGGCUGAAGGGCUCAUGAACGAUCUGUCAGUGAUGGUUCUGAGGUCCGAGGUAUGGAGAAGAAUAUUGCUGACCAGCUCAACAAAGCCUUUGAUGCAUAUCGCACAGCCUCCCUCGAGCGAGACGAUGCCAAGAGGCAACUGAAGCAAAAGACUGAGUAUUAUGAGAGAUACACACUGAAGCUUCAACAGCAGAUAGAGGACCAAAAUCAACAGAUUUCUAGACUUCAGGCUGAAUUAAUUUCAGCAACAAAUCAUGCUUCAGGUGAGAUAAAAUGUUACGAGACUAGCCACCGAAAACAGGAAGCUGAGCCCUUGUCACCUGGUGAACAUCGCCUCAGCAAGUCAUCCUCUCGCUCCCAUAGGACAAACCACUUCCUGGGGAAUGAUAUCAGGGACUGUUCUGAGGUGCAUCUUCACAAUCUUGCUGGAGUGAGCUCUAAGGCUGAAGACAUCCUCGAAACCUUUCAGGAAAUCCAGGGGAAAUUCCAGCUGAUACGAAUGCUCUCCAAACGACAGAAAGAUCACCUGAAACGAAUACACAGAGGGAAGGAUUCUGCCAAUGAUACACAGUUUUCCAUGCCCAUCCAGUGCACGGAUGUGACUGCCGAGCAGGCUGAGGCAUCCUUCUCUUCUUCCUCCUCCUCUUCCUCCUCGGCUGUGGCACGAACCAGCCUGGACGAGCCGCUGCCCGCCAGCUCAUUAGCCACCAGCGGAUUAGCCGCCGGCUCGUUGGCCGUUAGCUCGCUGGCCUCACGCGGGGCCAGUCCUGAGGACGGCGACUCUGUGGACUCGCUCACCAAGCUAAGCGUUAAGUUCCCACCGCGGACGGACAGCGAGUAUGACUUCCUCAACAGCGCACCGGAGAAGCCUAUGCAGCUGGCCGCCACCACUGUGCACCGGACUGGUUUGCUGGUGAGCGUGCUCCCCACUAUUGAGGAGCCCUCGAAGGAACUAGGAGUGCCUUUCGCCUACCCGACCUCCCCUCCUCCCUCAUCCUCCAUACCCUCAGUGUCUUCCUCAAUGUCGCUAGAGAGCGUACGCGGGCCUCAGCAGCCACUCUGGAGCCCAGAGCUGAGUGACGCCGGGGCCGUAGCCUCGUCGCAGGCCUGCGCGGAGCCACACCAGCAGGAGAACUGUGCUUUCUGCCACGCCAGCGUACCCCAAGACCGCAUGUACAGCCACCUCAAUUCACACUUUAAGAACAGCGCAUGCAAUUGACACUAGACUCUCACACCCACAACCCCCCCCCCCCCCCCCCCCCCCCCCUCACCCCAAACGACCCACACACACACGCUCACACACACAUCUCACCCACCUCACCGCACCCCCACAAGCCCCCAGGCUGGCAGAGGCCCCCUCCGCUACCUCCAGGACAUAUGCAUGCUUCAUCCCGGGCUUUGUUGCCUGCCGCAAACACAUGCGACCCAAGGAGCCCUUGGAGCCGGAGAGCGCGCUCACUUUCCGCUAGUGAAGUGGGAGACAUUAUUUAAUUUCAUAACUGUGGAGUGGUACAAAUGACAGUCCGUGUCUUCAUGAUUAUGUUUGAAACUUUUUUUGUUUGAUUUGAGAAUAUGUAAUAAACAAAGCUUUGAUUGUGA